AUGACUCAGGAGCACGGUCAAGCGAACCACUUCCGCAACGUGGCCAGGGCACUGGAGCACAUCAUUCAAUACGUAGACUUUUUCCGAGACCCCGGCCUAAUCGUUGUUAUGGAGUAUGCUCCUCGAAGCUUAGGUCAAUGCGAGAUCAUGAGUGACCGAGAAUGCGUGACGCUUUUGCUGCACGUACUAUCUGGACUCGCCUAUUUACACGGCGCUGCGAUCCUUCAUCGGGACGUCACACCUGACAAUAUUCUUCAAACCAGCAUAAACCCCCCUUUCUGGAAACUGUCGGACUUUGGGUUUUCUAAGAAACUUAAGACUGGAGCUGUCGGAACCUCGACCUUUUGUGGAUCUCCGCUAUACGUGGCCCCGGAAGUGGAUGGGUUGCCACACAGCCUGUAUACGGAAGCAGUCGACUUAUGGUCCCUAGGAAUAGUCGGUGUCGAAUACAGUGUUGGAUUUGGAAAUGCCAUUCGAGAAAAAGUCCCGCGCAAGUGGCACACGGCGGUACGUGGAAGAGCCAAACGCAGCAAGCUCGAUCCGUAUCUGCUUGAGAUGCUCCAGACGAGUCCAGAGAAACGUCCCUCGGCAAGUGCUAUAAGCUUGAAGCUGAAAGACCGAGAGUGUUACGAGGAGAACAGAGCCCCGACCUCAAGCGCUAUGGUGCGGCAGGCUAGUGGAACAGACUUGGCUGAACCAAGCACGUUGGCAACUAGUGAGGACCAGCCACGAAAUCAUUGA